CGCGGAAGAGCGGGGCUUUUCACCGCCGCCGCUGCCCUCGGACCUCUCCCGGGAUACUUCACGUUUCCCUAGGGACAGGAGCCCGAGGGGUCCGCUUGUCCCUCCUCCUCUUCAGCUUGCGCCGCGAGCUAAAAAGCUAGGCGUGGCGGGCUGGGCCGACACCCCGCUGUAGGACUGUAACCCUUAGUCCCAAUGCCUCCGUAAGCGGAGUUGAGUGGGUGCAGGUGGUUGGAGCUGUGGAGGUGUCCCCGGUGGCGAGCGCGGCCAGAACUGCUGUCACUUAAGUUUUCUGUGUGCGCGUUUCAAGGAGCAUGCGUGCGUCUGUAAUGAAAUAUUCAAAAGUUGGGCAAGACGGAGAAGAAGAAAAAUCAAGAAUGACUCGUAUAAUCCUUAGUAAUCAGAAAUCAGCAUUAUGUCAUGGGAUGUUCUAAUUCAAGAAGCUUAGAAUGAAAUCUUAACAGAAAGAUUAGUGAAUUUUAGUGGCUUGUCAGAAUUUCCCCACCCCCAGGGUUCAGGCUUUCUGGUGGCCAGAGCCUGUCCUGGCACGGAACCAACCGUGGACAGGAUGACAUUCCAUUGCAUGGUGCACUUAAACACACACCCAUACUCAUGCCUACUGGGACAGUUUCGAUCUCCCGGUGAACCUAACGUGCACAUCUUUAGGAUAUGAGAAGAAGAAACUGGAGUACUUGGAAAAUACAAACAAAUGUUUACUUAAUCAUUUUUGGUAUAGGGAGGACCCCUCUGGAUUGAGGAUCUUAUGACCUACUUUAGAGGAAGAGCCAGCUUUAGAGUUUGCCCCUCUGCUUUUGAAAUCCCUAUGGAAGAAAGGUGGAUAUUCUGAGUGUUUUACAGUGAUGGUUUUUGCAGUUUACUAAGAUUGAUUUGCCAAAGAAGAAAGGUGGGACUGUGAGCAAAGAAGAAUGUACAACUGAGACAGAAGUGGUAUAAUUUGGCCUUCUGAGAUUCUGCCUUAGCAAGAAAGGAGCAGGAAAUACUCUUGGAAAGAAAACUAAAACAGUAAGAAAGCCAAAACUUAUUUUUACAUGGUUGUCAGCACAUUUACCGAUAUGGACACUUUUCCCAAUAAUUUUCCUCCUGGUGGAGACAGCGGAUUGACAGGUUCUCAGUCGGAGUUCCAGAAAAUGUUAAUUGAUGAAAGGUUACGAUGUGAGCAUCAUAAAGCUAAUUAUCAGACUCUGAAGGCUGAACACACAAGGUUGCAUAAUGAAUAUGUAAAGUUACAAAAUGAACUCAAGCACCUGUUUAAUGAAAAGCAAACUCAGCAGGAAAAACUUCAGCUGCUGCUUGAAGAACUAAGAGGAGAAUUAGUAGAGAAAACUAAAGACUUAGAAGAAAUGAAACUGCAGAUAUUAACUCCACAAAAAUUGGAAUUGCUAAGAGCCCAAAUACAACAAGAAUUAGAAACUCCAAUGAGAGAACGUUUUCGGAAUCUAGAUGAAGAGGUGGAAAAGUAUAGAGCUGUAUAUAAUAAGCUUCGCUAUGAACAUACAUUUCUCAAGUCAGAAUUUGAACACCAGAAGGAAGAGUAUGCACGUAUUUUAGACGAAGGAAAAAUAAAAUAUGAAUCAGAGAUUGCAAGACUGGAGGAAGAUAAAGAAGAACUACGUAACCAGCUGCUUAAUGUUGAUCUCACAAGAGACAGCAAACGAGUGGAACAACUUGCUCGAGAAAAAGUCUAUUUGUGUCAAAAAUUAAAAGGGUUAGAGGCUGAAGUAGCGGAAUUAAGGGCUGAAAAGGAGAAUUCUGACGCUCAGGUGGAAAAUGCCCAAAGAAUACAGGUGCGGCAGUUGGCUGAGAUGCAGGCUACAGUCAGAUCCCUGGAGGCUGAAAAACAAUCAGCUAAUUUACGGGCAGAACGCUUGGAAAAAGAGCUACAAUCAAGCAGUGAACAAAAUACCUUUUUAAUUAAUAAAUUGCAUAAAGCUGAACGAGAAGUAAAUACAUUGUCCAGUAAAGUGAAAGAACUUAAACAUUCAAACAAACUGGAAAUAACAGACAUCAAACUGGAGACAGCAAGGGCUAAGAGUGAGCUAGAAAGAGAAAGGAAUAAGAUUCAAAGUGAACUGGAUGGAUUACAGUCAGACAAUGAAAUUCUCAAAGCGGCUGUUGAACACCACAAAGUGCUCUUAGUAGAAAAGGAUCGUGAAUUAAUACGUAAAGUACAAGCUGCCAAAGAAGAAGGUUAUCAAAAACUUGUGGUAUUACAAGAUGAAAAGUUAGAACUCGAGAACAGAUUAGCAGAUUUGGAGAAAAUGAAAGUAGAACAUGAUGUCUGGAGGCAAUCUGAAAAGGAUCAGUAUGAGGAGAAAUUGCGGGCUUCACAGAUGGCAGAAGAGAUCACCAGGAAGGAGCUUCAGAGUGUUAGGUUAAAACUGCAACAACAAAUUGUGACUGUUGAAAAUGCAGAGAAGGAAAAAAAUGAAAAUUCUGACCUAAAACAGCAAAUCAGUAGUUUGCAGAUCCAAGUGACCUCACUUGCACAGUCAGAGAAUGACUUGCUGAAUUCAAACCAAAUGCUGAAGGAAAUGGUGGAGAGAUUAAAACAAGAAUGCCGAAAUUUUAGAAGCCAAGCUGAAAAAGCGCAACUAGAAGCUGAAAAGACAUUGGAAGAGAAACAGAUACAGUGGUUGGAAGAAAAGCACAAGCUUCAUGAGCGUAUCACAGAGAGAGAAGAAAAGUGUAAUCAAGCUAAGGAGAAACUUCAGCGAGCUGCAAUUGCCCAGAAAAAGAGAAAAUCUCUCCAUGAAAACAAAUUGAAAAGACUACAAGAGAAAGUAGAAGUCUUAGAGGCAAAGAAAGAAGAAUUGGAAACAGAAAAUCAGGUGUUAAAUAGACAAAAUGUUCCUUUUGAAGACUAUACAAGGCUUCAAAAAAGACUAAAAGAUAUACAGAGAAGACAUAAUGAAUUUCGAAGUCUAAUUUUGGUCCCUAACAUGCCUCCAACGGCAUCUAUCAAUCCUGUUAGCUUUCAAUCAUCAGCCAUGGUUGCAAGCAUGGAACUACCAUUUCCUCCUCAUAUGCAGGAGGAACAACAUCAAAGGGAACUCUCCCUACUUCGCAAAAGACUAGAAGAACUGGAGACAACACAAAGAAAACAACUAGAGGAACUUGGAUCUUCUGGAGAAUGAUGUUCUUGGAGAACAGGCAGAUCAAAAGAGGUGAAGUUGGUGACUCAGUAAAACUUGAUGUUUUAACCUGUGGCAUUUAGAUACUUUUUACUGUUUGCCAAAACACUUGAAUGUGCCUCAAGAAAAGGUACCUACUACUACAUGCUGUACUGUAUGACUGUCAGGAUUUUAGGAUUAUACAAGUGAAGCAUUACAAGAGAAAGUCUCAGAGAGAUAUUUAGAAUAUUUGACAAUGGUUUGAGAAUGAAAGGAACUAGAGUCAAGUUUUAAAAUUUUUACUUUGUUGAAAUUUUUUUUGGCAUUUUGAGUGAAAUAUAACUAUCAUUAAUUCCCUCUUCAUCCUUGGGAUACUUGGCAAUAACAGGGUCCGUACACAUCUUCUGGUUUACUAUAUAAAAAUAUGACAAUUUAAAAGUCAGCAUAAAGAAGGUAAAGGUAUCUAUAUUCAAAAGGCUACCUUUUCUAAAAGCUGUGUACACAUAAUUUAUUAAAGAGCUUAAUAUUUUUUUAAUCUGUAUUGUCUUGUGUUUAAUUUUACAUAAACCAUAUAGCAUAUUUAGCAAUAUGACCGUCUACUGACUUUGGCUUUGUUAGAAGAGAAUAUAAGUGCAAAUAAUUAAAUCAUAUUACUGUAUUAACAAGGGGGCCAUUGAUUAUAAAACUUGAACUCAGGUCCCUUUAUAAACAUUGUUGGUAUUUAACUUUAUUUCCCAUUACUGUAGCUCUAACCAAAUAAUUAUGUGUUUUGUGUCCCUAAGUAAGUAUGCUCUCAUUUUUUUUUACACCCACUGGAAGCCUUUUUAAUGUGGUAUCUUUUAGAGGAAUUCUGCUGGAAUAAUUUCAUGUUAACAAGGCUAAAGCUCAAGUCUCCCAAAUUAAGUGGAAUGUUCAUUAUCCCAAAGUGUUUAUAGUCAAAAGUCCAGGUUGAUAGUAGAGGCCAGGAUUGUAAUUGAGCAGUCCUUAGCACCAUUUAGCAAGAAACUAGGUUUACUUACUACAUAAUAUAGCUGCUUAUUCACAGCAUAUACAGUGACACCUUGUCUCUGAAAAAUAAUUUCCAUGGAGCCACUUAGAAUAAAAAACUUAUAACUAGAAAAUUGGAAAAAAAAAAAAAAAAGACAGUCCA